GCCUGUGCCUUUAUCAUGCUGCAAGUCAGGGAGGGGUCCUCCAGCACCGGAAAGAAUUGCAAUGCUAGCACAAGUUCAAAGACUGGAAACUUACACAGCAGUAAAUCUGGGAGAUAAAGCCUGGCUUUUCAGCAGUUCCAUGCUGAGCGCAGUUCCUGUGAGCAAACCCACGUUCCAGGAUCAAGGUUGUUUGAUUUUGCUAAUAAGGAAGGGGAGCUUUGCCUAGUGAUGGCUGAUGGCGAGGAGGACCCUGCUGUGUUCACCUCUACUUGUUUGCCCUCCGACCCACGGCUCCUUGCUACAGUGACCAAUGCUUACCUGGGCACACGUGUCUAUCGCAACAUCCUUCAUGUCAAUGGUGUGUACAAUGGGGCGGUGGGGAACACACAUCGUGCUGACAUCCCCAGCCCAGUCAAUGUGAAGAUGACAGCACCUGAUGGGGAUGUACCUGUUGAGACCUUCACCUUGAACACACGGACAGGAACCUUCAGCCAUAAGCUUCAGUCACCCAAUUAUACAGCCACACACAGGAUCUAUGCUCACCAUUCCCUCGUCCACCUAAUGGCCUUCAGCAUCACCAUCCGGCGAUCAGCUGGCAUCAGCCAGCCCAUCACUGUGCAGCUCCAGACUCCUUUUGUGCCAAAAAGCCAGGACUUGGACCUGCAGGAAGGACCAGACUUCCAAGGAGCAUAUGCUUUGCUCUCCCUUUCCCCAUUCCUCACCAUCUCCUGCAGCUACGUCUAUGGGCAGACACUGGUUCCUGAGGUGGAGGGGGGACCCCAGCCCACUGUGCAUAUGCUCUGGACUCCUGUGCCGCGAGCUGUCACCUUGCAUGAGGAGGAGCAGGAGCGAAGCUGGGAGUUCCUGACGGCUGUGGCUGAGAGUGAGGAGGAGGCCAAGAAGAGCUACAGCGAAGGGCUGGCACACGUGGCAGCUGGCUCCCUGCACUCCUCCCAUACCCAUGCCUGGGCUGCUCUGUGGAGAGGGUGCUGCGUGGACCUGGAAGGCCCACUGCCUUUGAGACAGGCCCUCUAUGGGUGUCUCUAUUACCUGCUGAGUGCCAUCCCUCCCCAAGAUACACCGGGAUUCCUCUUCCAUGGCAUCAGCCCUGGUGGCUUGUCCAAUGGCACACGGGGCGAGGACUACUGGGGGCACAUCUUCUGGGAUCAGGACACCUGGAUGUUCCCGAACAUCCUGCUGUUUUAUCCCAAAGCUGCCCGAGCCAUCUUGGAGUACCGGAUUCGCACACUGGAAGGAGCUCUACUCAAUGCACAGGAACAAGGCUAUGAGGGUGCCAAGUUCCCAUGGGAGAGCGCAGCUACUGGUCAGGAGGUCUGUCCUGAGGACAUUUAUGGAGCCCAAGAAAUUCACAUAACCGGGGAUGUUCUGAUGGCCUUUGAGCAGUAUUACUAUACCACACAGGACCAGAAGCUGUUCAGGACUGAUGGAGGCUGGGCGCUGGUGAAAGCCGUGGCUCAAUACUGGUGCAGCAGGAUGGUGUGGAGUGAGGAGGAGCAAUGCUACCACAUCCGAGGUGUCAUGCCCCCAGACGAGUAUCACCACCAGGUUGAUAACUCUGCUUACACCAAUGCUGUGGCACAGAGGAGCUUAAAUUUUGCAGCCAGCAUUGCUCAGGACUUCUUGAUCCCUGUGCCAGAGGAGUGGGUGGAAUGUGCAAAGAAAGUCAAAGUGCCCUUUGAUGCAGUGCGGAAAUAUCACCCUGAGUAUGACGGUUACAGUCCAGGUGAGCCUGUGAAACAAGCUGAUGUUAUCCUGCUGGGCUUCCCUCUGAUGCACCCGAUGCACCCUGAAGUGAGGAGGAAUGACCUGGUGAUGUAUGAGCCCGUCACCACGCUGAGCGGGCCAGCCAUGACCUGGAGCAUGUUUGCAGUGGGCUGGCUGGAGCUGAAGGAAACGCAUAGAGCACAGUGCCAACUGAACAAGUGUUUCAGCAACAUCACUGAGCCCUUCAAGAUCUGGGUGGAGAACUCGGAUGGGUCAGGAGCUGUGAACUUCUUGACAGGGAUGGGUGGAUUCUUACAGGCUGUCCUCUUUGGUUACACAGGGUUCAGGAUCACAAAGACCAACCUUCGCUUUGACCCUGCAUUUCCCAAUGAUGUCAACAAGUUGGAAGUCACUGGUGUCUCCUACUUGGGCAGCAAGCUGAAGUUCACCAUCACCAAGGAGGAGAUGAGGAUUGCAGCAACCAAGUGUCCCCUUUACCCUCCCCUGGAGGCGGUGCUGGAGGAGUCUGGGCAGUGCUUUCCUCUGCAUGAAGGGCAGAGCAUCUCCUUCCCCACAGCUGCUGGAUGCAUCCGGAGAGCGCCCAGCAAAGGACUUUGAACCUCAUGGGUCCGGGCUUUACAUGAUGGGCAUCAGACCCACCCGUACUGAUGUGUGGACAUCCUGCACCAUCCCCGUAUUGAUAUGAGUCUGCUGAGGCUGCCAAGAGAAUGCUCUGCUCUGUUAA